UUAACCAAUGAGAAGUUGAAACCAAACAGAUUGGAAUCAGUUUUAUGUGCUGUAGUCUGUGCGGCAGAUAGUUGGCCACCUAAUGAGCGAUGGAAGAAAUCUAUGCUAAUGUUGAACACACCAAACCUGUCGACCCAAGACCUUCAACAAAUCGGAAAGAUCCUAGUUGUUCAAAGAGAAGAUUUUAUGGAGCUGUUUUCUGUCUGGGGGUGCUGAGUGUUUUCCUGCUAGCCGGGCUCAUCGGCCUUGGUGUCCGCUCUGCAGAUCUCUCGGCUAUCAAAGCCAACCUGACUGAGCGUCUCCAGAACAGUGAUAUCAAGUUGUCUUUUCUGACUGAAGAAAGAGACCUGCUGAACGCCAGCCUGGUUGAAAUAACUGAAGAGCUGAACAGCAUGACUGCAGAUCUCUCAGCUAUCAAAGCCAACCUGACUGAGUGUCUCCGGACCAGUGAUAUCAAGGUGUCUACCCUGACUGGAGAGAGAAACAUGCUGAACAACAGCCUCAUUAAAGUGACUGAAGAGCUGAACGGUCUGAAAUCAUGUCCUGCAGGAUGGAGGAUGUUCAGUUGCCCCUGUUAUUUCCUCUCUAAUGAGUCUGGUUCCUGGGAAAAGGGUAGAGAGGACUGUAAAACCAGAGGAGCAGAUCUGGUGGUCAUAAACAGCUCUGAAGAACAGAUGUUCCUCUCUAACUUCACCAAGGAAGAAAUUAUGGCUUGGAUUGGUUUGACUGAUCGUGACAAGGAGGGGACCUGGAUGUGGAUUAAUGGAGCUCCACUGUCUCUACAGUAAGGCAGCUUUACCUUGAUUGAAUAUAAACAAAAUUACAUAGUAAUUAUAGUUUAUUAUUAGAAUGUAUUUGUUUUAGUGCAUCUGUAAUCAUCAGAAAUAACAGAACUUACAACAAAUAUUUCUUAGUGGAAUCAGUAUCACAACAGCUGACUUGAAAUUAAUCGGCUGGACCACACUCACGAUAUACAUAGAUGAUGCAAUCAAACAACUAUACCACUUUUUGUGAAAUAUAUCUUACCCAAUAAAACCACCAGAUGGUACUAUGGUUUACCAUGAAAACAAGGUAUAAUAAAAAGAAUCACCA